AUGAAGUUUGUGCUCGCCUCAAUUUGCGCCUUGGUUGGAAUUAGCAUGGCGCACAUGGACAUGAUAUCGCCCUGCCCUCGCUACAGUCCCAGGGGAAUAAACUGCCCUGCUCUUCCCUCCGGUCAAUUGCUUGACUACUCCAUGUCAACGCCUCUGGGAUACAACGCGCCUCUAUGCAAGCACACUGUGCCCUUCCCAACACCAUCUGCCACCUGGACCGCAGGCCAGGUUGUUACUGUCAGGAUGGCACCUGGCGGUGCCCCGCACAGCGGCGGUCACUGCCAGUUUUCACUGUCAUACGAUGGCGGCAGAACAUUUGUCGUUGUGUAUGAGGUGCUGCGGUUGUGCUUUGGACCCGACAACAGCCAGCGAGCAUUUACCUUUACGCUUCCUGCUAAUCUGCCGUCAUCCAACAAGGCGGUGUUUGCGUGGACCUGGGUUAACGCUGUGGGCAAUCGCGAGUUUUACAUGAACUGUGCCGAUGUUGCCAUCAGAGGACGGGCCCUGUCAUAUACAGGACAACAGAUGGUCAUUGCCAACCAUGCAGGCUACCCGACUAUUCCCGAGUUCAACGGCAAUUUUGCCACGGGAAUUAGUCUUUAUAGCGCUGCACCUAACAUUACUGUUCGCUGA